GUGCUCAUUCCACUCUUCCACAAGUACUCUUUCUUAGUGAUUACUAUAGGGUUUCUUUCGUUUUCAGCAGUGACUAAAGGCUAGCCAAGCUUUUCAAUCUGUCAAAUUGCAGAAUAGUUUGAGUUUUCGAGUUCAGAACAAUGUGUAUAGCUGCGUUUGCUUGGCAAGUCCACCCGCUCUUCCCUUUUCUUCUCUUGCAGAACAGAGAUGAAUACCACAACAGGCCUACAAAGCAAGUGGCAUGGUGGGAAGGUGGUGAUAUACUGGGAGGGAGAGAUGACGUUGCAGGAGGGACAUGGUUGGCUUGUUCAAGAGGAGGGAGGGUGGCUUUUCUAACAAACGUGUUGGAGCUUCAUAAUCUCCCUGAGGCAAAGAGUCGUGGAGACCUGCCUGUGCUUUUCUUAGAGAGCACAAAGACUCCAAAGGAGUUUGCAGAGGAAUUGAUAACAGAGGCCCAUCAGUAUAACGGCUUUAACCUUAUUGUGGCUGAUAUCUCUUCCAAAUCCAUGGUUUAUGUCUCCAACAGGCCGAAAGGAGAACCCAUUGCCAUUCAAGAGGUUUCUCCCGGCAUUCACGUUCUUUCGAAUGCAAAGCUCGACUCCCCAUGGCACAAGGCUCAACGCUUAGGGCCGAGUUUUAAGGAACAGCUGUGUAAAUAUGGUAAGGGAGAGGUACCUGUGAAAGAUAUGCUUAAGAUGCUAAUGAGAGACACAGUUAAAGCAGAUGAAAGCAAAUUACCUCAUAUUUGUUCCCUCGACUGGGAGUUCAACUUGAGUUCCAUAUUCGUUGAAGUUGACACCCCACUGGGACCUUAUGGCACUAGGAGCACUGCUGCAUUAACUGUAAAAGCAAGUGGGGAAGUGAGCUUCUUUGAGAUGUUUCUUGACAAGAACACUUGGAAAGAAAAAACUGUUAGUUACUACAUUCGGAGGCCGAAAUCAUAGAUAGAGAGAUAAAAAAGCAACUGAAAGCCAACGCCAAAAAUAAGAGCUGGCUCAUGUAUUAUUCAUUGACAUGAAAGAGUUAUGAAUGUAAGCCACUCGGUCGAUGUGUUUGUUUAAUGGUGGAAGGCCUAUCUAGGCAUAUCAAAUAAUUCUAUAGAUUAUAGACCCUUC